CACCAUAGAGAAAUGCACUCCCCUAAUUUAAAUGAUACAACAAGAGGGACAAUUUCGCGGAAGGGAUGACAAUAAUCACAUGCAACAUGUGCAGACAUUUCUACAUAUAUGUGAUUCAUUGGAAGGUGAGAGAAGCCAACAUUAAUGUGAUUAGGCUGAUCCUCUUCCCUUUCGCCCUAUCUGAAAAGAUAACAACAUGGCUAGAUUUUGAUCUUACCAACACGUUAAAAAAUUGGGACUGAUCGAGUUGUUAAAAUAAAAAACUGCGAAGGACCUCCAAAUUAGGGAGAAACUUAAUAUGAAAAUUCUUCAAUCGUUCAAUGUGAUAAGCGAUUCCAAAUGAUUGGUUAACAGUAUGUUAAUAUAUGAUAAUAUUAGGUUAACAUUAAUUGAGAAUUCCUACACCUUAAAAAGAAUGUUUCGUCAAUGCUUUGGUUGCUAGUUAGGGUUUUGGAAUAUGAUCAACACUUCUCUACUUUAACUUUCUCUCGUGAAAUUGCACUUUAGUCAUUUGCUUUAUAAGUUGCUUCGUAGUCAAAUUAUGUUGAAAGUACUUGUUGUAUAAUAGAAGUAGAGCUAAUUACUAGUAUUCAUUGUCUUCAUGGGAUAUGACAUUGCAACAGGUACACUUGCCGUUUUUUAUGGAAAAACUUGCCGUAAUUUAAUUUCACUAAAAAGAGAUCAUCAUCCAUUCAAAUAUAGACAAACUAAGAGUCACCCUCUAUUUAAAUAGCUUGGUUGUCCACAUCUUUAUUUCUUUCAGAUGCUUCUUUCUUAUUAACCUUUUCAUGAUACUUUAGGAUUGAUUCUUCAUAUUAUGUACAUGGAGGGAUUUUUCCUCUGUUAAUGAGCCUUUAAUGAUUAUCAACGACAGAAUUCACUCACAAAUUAUGGAUUAUUUCGUUGUUCAUGAGCAUUUUUCUUGUAGUAUGUGUUAACCCCUUGAGGCUAAAGAAGGAGUUGGGCUAUAAGGGUUGAAUCAAGCUCGAGGAUAGUAAUAAAAUGGUAUAGGAGGGUCUUCCUCGGCCACCAAUUCAUAUAUAUAUUUUUCUGAACUAAGCCAUAUGUGUUCUUUCUUCCGAGCUUUACGCUAUAAAAGUACAAGCAAUGUAGGAGAGUUGAAUUAUUAAUAAGUGAAGAAUGUUGAAGAACAUUAUUUUGAAGAAAGAAAUGAUGAGAAAGAAUCGGGAAAUGAAAGGAUUAGUUGGCAAAUAAUUGUUGGUUCAACGAACGCUUCAAUCGCAAAACUUUUCGGACAGGGUAACACAAGCACCCACCAUCCAACCAAACUGUCUUCUCCCUCCCUCACACACCCAUCUCUUUUCUCCCACCUUCCCGAAUUUCCCUCCACCAUAUUUUCCUCUCCCAUCCUUCUCUUAUUCUUUCUUUCAUUGUUUCGUUUCGUUUUGUUUAAUUCUGUUCCCAAUUUGCAUCCCAAAAUUCACACCACUACCCUGGUUAUGGUUUUCAUUUCCCCAUUUGAUUGAAUAAAAAAAUUCAUUUCCCCUCGAUUUCUUCUUGAUGAAGGGAUGGAUUCUUGAGGUGGAAGUAUUGUUAGUGACUGUGGUAGCAGUGGUGUUGGCUCACAACCCUAUUGUGUGUGAUAAGGAGGAGGGUCCUCAGGCGAAGAUCUGAGGCUUCAGUUUUUUCAUUAGUAUUUUAUUUUGGGUUCCAAUUUGUAUUCAUCAUUAAGCUGAAGGGAAGGAAAGAGGUUCAAAAGUUGAAGGGAGAAAGAGAGGGAAUAAUAAGUAGAGAUGAGCGCUUCAAGGUUCAUCAAGUGUGUCACUGUCGGCGAUGGUGCUGUUGGUAAAACAUGUCUGUUGAUUUCUUACACCAGCAACACUUUCCCCACGGAUUAUGUGCCUACUGUAUUUGACAAUUUCAGUGCAAAUGUGGUUGUCAAUGGUGCAACUGUCAACUUGGGUUUGUGGGAUACUGCUGGGCAAGAGGAUUAUAAUAGGUUAAGACCUUUGAGCUACCGUGGAGCAGAUGUUUUCAUCCUGGCUUUCUCUCUCAUUAGCAAGGCUAGUUAUGAAAAUGUUUCCAAAAAGUGGAUUCCAGAGUUGAAACAUUAUGCACCAGGCGUCCCCAUUGUUCUAGUGGGAACGAAGCUUGAUCUCCGAGAUGACAAGCAGUUCUUCAUUGAUCAUCCUGGUGCUGUCCCGAUUUCUACAGCUCAGGGUGAGGAACUAAGGAAGUUGAUUGGUGCGCCUGCUUAUAUUGAGUGCAGCUCCAAAACACAAGAGAAUGUGAAGGCAGUUUUUGACGCGGCAAUUAGGGUUGUGCUUCAACCACCAAAGCAGAAGAAAAAAAAGAGCAAAGCGCAGAAAGCUUGUUCCAUAUUGUGAUUGGAAAUAAGUAAUGUUUGUGAAGAGUUGUUUUGAAUUGGAAAAUUUUCCUUUCUUUCCCCUACCCUUCAUUACCAAGAAGCCCCAACUUUUUACUCUUUGUCCUUGUUUUAUUUAACAGCGAUAAAUUGGAGCUAUUGAGGGAGGUCUCCAUGAAGCAUAGGUGGUUUUGCUAUCAUAUUUUCAUCAUCAUCGUCAUAACUUUCUCAAGAUUUUCUUGCUUAGAUGGGUCUCCAAUUGUUCAGCUAUUGCCUGGCAGUAAUAUCAAGUGAUUUUCAUCUUUCGAUCUCUCAAUUUCAUCUCUAAUUUUUGGGCUACAUCUUUAUUUUUUUUUAGCUACUCAAAUUUCCUUAUGUGACCUUGUUAUAUUUUUCUUCUCUUUUCUUUUUUAUUACAUUGAUAGAACAUUACAAGAUUUUCAUUGUAUUAGGAAGUCAGACAAAAAAAAAAGUUUUUCUUUCAACAUGAAUUACUUCUUAUCCAAUGUAUCUUCCCUUUCUUGUAAGAAAUAUAGCUUCCACUUGUUUUGCUUUACCAGUUACUAUUAUGCAUUUUUGGUGCUCUCCUUUCAAUUUUGGCUUGUUCAUUUUGAACACGGUUUUUUUUUCUCUCUCUCUUUAUAAUGAUUAAGAAUUGGGAUGAUGAACUUAAGAUGGAAUGAAGAAAAAAGUAUAGCAAGCAGUCUUCUCAUCGGGAAAGGAAUAAGAACGGAGGAAGUGAAAUCUAUAAGAAAUCAUGGAAAAGAGA